CCACCUCUCCUCCGCUUAAAGCAUCCUCUGCGGCGCAACGGCCACACCUCCUCCGCCCCCGACCUCCCCUCGGCUCCCCCCUCUCUCCUCGCCGCUUGCCCGUUUCUAUCUCCUCGCCGCACAGGCCGCCUCGCCGCCAUGAACAACCUCCUCUCGGAUUCCUUUGAGCUCCCUCGGCGGGACUCUUCGAGAGAUGCAGACAUUGAAAUGGGAAUGCAUCAGGCUGAUGCUUCAGACAACUUAAAGGAUUUCUUGAAAAAGGUUGAUGCAAUCGAGAGUCUAAUUGCAAAGCUGACAAAUCUAUUGAAUAAGCUCCAGACUGCAAACGAGGAAUCCAAAGCAGUUACAAAAGCAAGUUCCAUGAAAGCAAUCAAGCAGCGAAUGGAGAAAGAUAUCGAUGAAGUGGGGAAAAUUGCUCGUCAGGCGAAGACAAAAGUUGAUGAACUAGAAAAAGAUAACUUAUCAAAUAGGCAAAAACCUGGAUGCGGAAAGGGGUCUGCCGUGGACCGAUCAAGAGAACAGACUACUGGAGCAGUGAAAAAGAAAUUGAAGGAGCGGAUGGAUGAUUUUCAGGCUUUAAGAGAAGCAAUCAGGCAAGAGUACCGUGAGGUUGUUGAAAGAAGGGUUUUUACUGUAACUGGUAAUCGUCCCGAUGAAGAGACAAUUGAUGACUUGAUAGAGACUGGAAAAAGUGAGCAAAUCUUCAAAGACGCAAUCCAACAGCAGGGAAGAGGCCAGAUACUGGACACUGUUGCUGAAAUACAGGAGCGACAUGAUGCUGUAAGGGAUCUAGAGAGGAAGCUACUUGAGUUGCAACAGAUAUUCAUGGAUAUGGCAGUUCUUGUUGAGGCUCAAGGAGACAUGAUCAACAACAUCGAGACACAUGUUUCGAAUGCUACCAAUCACAUACAGCAAGGCGUUAGCGCUCUCCAGAAUGCCAAGAAACUGCAGAAGAAUUCGAGAAAGUGGAUGUGCUAUGCCAUCAUCAUACUGCUGGUGAUAGUGGUGAUCAUUGUUGUGGCAGUCAUCCAGCCAUGGAAGAAGGGCGCUUAGCGUGGCUCCAAACAGGGGGAGCGCAGGAUACAUAUACAUUGUGUUUUCUGCUUGUGUAAUAUGUGUGUAGCUUUUGUGGUCUAUUCGUGAUUUAUCGUUGUACCUAUGAUCGACACAACUGAAGCUUCUGCUUGCCCUCAGGCAUUUUCGAUUCAUUCUGUUUGCGGUAGUUGGGUAAUGACACUCCAACGGUUGCAACUCUGCAAAAGCCGCUGCAAUGUAUGUGAAAUAUGACGCUUCAAUACCCGAAUGCCGCUCUUUCAUUCA